CCGAGCUGUCGGGGCUUGCACCUUACUUUUUACUUGCGGAGCGGUGGGAAUCAUGCUGGCUAAGUACGAAAACAUCCGGGAUGCUGUGAAGUCUCUUAUUGCUGGUUUCUGGAUUACUUAUAGCUUCUGUUCUGUUGGUGUCCGUGGCCAGGAGGGUAAUGGCUGUGGACACACAGUGCUGGGCUCAGAGUCUGGUUCACUGGCUUCUCAGAACUACCCCGGCACCUAUCCCAGCAACAGCUGGUGUAGGUGGAGGCUCCGUGUGCCAGAGGGGCGAAUGCUGCGACUGUUAUUUGGAGAUUUUGACAUCGAGAGCAGUCCAGGCUGCAGAAACGGCUCUCUUGUGAUGACAGACAAGAAUGGAGAACAGAGUCUGGGUCCAGUGUGUGGGAGACUCAGUUCAUCACAGAAGAAUGUGACACUCACAAGCAAUGAAGUGACGAUUACCUUCAGAUCAGGUUCACACCUCUCAGGACGAGGGUUUCUACUGUCAUACGCCACAGAUCAGUAUCCAGAUCUUAUUUCUUGUUUACAACGAGGAUCUCAUUUUAGCUGGCAGCAUUUUAGUGUUUAUUGCCCUGCUGGAUGUAAGGAUGUCACAGGAGAUGUUUGGGGGAACUCUGAGCAGGGUUACAGAGAUACCUCAGUCCUGUGCAAAGCUGCCGUCCAUGCUGGAGCUGUGUCUGAUAGUCUGGGAGGUCAUGUCACAGUGAAUCGAGAGAAAAGUCUUAGACUCUAUGAAUCCACCUUUGCCAAUGGAGUCCUUUCAAAAAUGGGAUCAAUAUCUGAGAAGAAGCUGCUCUUUAGUCAAGAAUGCAAGAACAUCCUGACUGUUUCUGGUUUAAAUGCGUCAUCUUUCCGUGAUAAGAAGAAUCAAGAGCACGCAAUGCAGUGGUCGUCCAGAAACACGGGUUCAAGUCAUGAGCUCCUACCCUGGGCAGCAGACAGUAAUGAUGCUGAGCCAUGGGUGGAGCUGGAGCUGAGUGAUAGAAGCACAAUUACUGGAAUAAUAACAACAGGAUCAAACGAGUACUACAUCGAGUCCUUCAUACUUCUUUUCAGCAAGGACAGAAAAAAUUGGAAGCUGUACAAAGGCGCUUUCAGCAAAGAAAAAAAGGUCUUUCAGUCCUACACUGAUGGCCACCUCAGGGUUCUCAACAGUCUUUUUCCUCCAGUGGUGGCCCGGUUUGUCCGUUUACAUCCACUGAGCUGGCACAGCCGGGCCUCAUCUCAGGUCCAAGUCCUGGGCUGUCCCAUCUCAAAGGUCACCCCAAGGUCACGGGCAGCAGCUGAAUCCCCAUCCAUCAAAGUGAACAUGGAUACACCACACACCAGUCCCACUCCCACCCCCACCGAUGGCCCAGUGUUAGUGGAGACCAGACUGAGCUCCAGUCAGCCUGUCAUAGUGGCAGUGGGAGUUGUCCUGGCCCUGAUAAUGUGUGGCAGUUGUUUGUUGGCUGGAGUCUGGUGGAAACGAAGGAAAAAAGAAUCACAGUUGAAGUACUCUCUACCUACAAGUUGUCAAAGUUUCCAGGCAAAGAGUCUCCUCUGCUCUCAGUCAGAGCUUAUCUCCUACCCACUGGAGAGAAAUGUCCAUGAUGCUCUUCCGAGCCCUCCUCUUAACGAUUACGCCGAGCCUGCCGUUGCACAUAAAGUCGGAUCAACAUUUAGACCGUCCUCAGACGAGGGUUACACCACCCCCUUCGCCUUCAGCCAUUAUGACACUCCUGGAAUCCUGCCAGAGUAUGCCGAGCCUCUUCCCCCAGAACCUGAGUACGCCACCCCGUUCAGCGAGCAGCCCUCUGACUCACACGGACCUCAUGUACCAGCACCCAGCACUGGCACCAGGGUGACACCCAGCCACUGCCAGUACGACUGCCCCUCACACAGGAUGCUGUCCAAUGGAUACUGCACGCCUGCUCUUCAUGCUACUGGCCCACGGCCGGUCAGCGUGGUGUAUGCUGAGCCCAAGUCACGUGAAACAUUACUACAGAGGCACACAUAUGAGGAGCCUUUGUAAACAGCUCAGUCAAGAGAAAAGACUCGUCUGACAUAAAAAUGUCUCUGGACCAGAGAAUGAUCUCAGCAGGACACAAAGCUGGGCAGUGUUGUCCAGAGUACGCUGAUGCUGACAGAGCUGCACCCAAGUGGUGAGCCAAAAGGCUACAAGUCACAGUGAAUCACUAUGCAUGUAUAGUACGCUGAUCUGAGAGCCAUAUGGAUUCAAAUAUGUUGUUGUACAUAGGAAAUAUCCUGUGAUGCACAAAGGAAAAGCAGGUUCAGUCCUGUGUCAGAGAAACUGUUUAUUAAUGAACUGUUUUAUCACAAGCUGCACUUUCAGAAAACACAUACAGUAAUGUAUGCUUUGACCUACUUAAUAGGAAAAUACAAAUGAACUACUGAACAUGUUCCUGGUCUUCACAAACAUUCUAUUCAUAAUGUUUCAUUUCAACAUAUUAACAAACAUUUACAAAGCACUAGAAAUGGCACAUUGUAACUAAGUGGUUAUAAUUGAUGCAGUGAUUGUGCUUGGCCACUAGGUGGCUCUCUUGAGCUUCUCUUGAGCCUCUAACAGUAAUGUCUGCUGGCUGUCAUUCCUAAGAGGAUGAGCCUUUUUUUUAAAUGGCAGACAUGGAGAUUUCCAUCCUUUUAAGUAAAACAAACAUUAUUUUAAAAUAAAAAAGGCACAACAGGCAUUUUAACACACAUAAACAAAUGCUCCUGGGAUUCAGCCCACAGCAGACACUCGCCAACCGCUAGAGCAGUCCACAUAUUGAUGCCACCUGAGAAGGACAGAUUAGGGUCUCCUUGAGCAGUUCACUCUUUAAACUUAACUUGAAAAAGAAUUCCUGUAUGUUGCCUUAUUGUUCUCGGAUUUUGCCUUUAUACUGUCCCUACAUUAGGUAUUGAUGGAUUUUGUUUGGGAAAUAAAAGGUCUUAAUGCAUAAAAUACUAAAAACAUAAUAUGAAAAAUGGGAUUAUAAGAGAGAAAAUGUAUUAAAACAAGAAAUUGUAAUUUCUCUUAUUUCAAGGCAUUUUGAUACAUCUGAAAGUGUUACUAAAAGAUCUUCAAAAAGUGCAUUCUCUAACAAUCCUUCAUGAUGACACGUUUGUUCAUGUUGUUUACUGCUGAAUAAGGCACAAUAAAAACAGCUUUUUAAAAAAUAUAUUUUAGGAGUUGGGCUGGUGUGUGACUGCUGCUGUAAGAUGUUAUUGUAAGACUGGCAGUGAGGAUUUGUUUAAAAAAAAUUGAUAGAAUAACUUAAAAAAGUGCAAUUUCAAAGAUUUUUCAAAUCUAAAGUAGCAACACCUAACUACAGAUUUCCAUGUUUUUACACUAGUCC